UGUAUAAUUAAAAAGUAAAAGGCAAGAGGGUAUACAAAAUUUUAAUAUACAGAUGACAUAAUGCAAACAAUCGACGCGACAUUUGACUUUCAGCAUUUCAUCGAGUUUCAUGUCUCAAAUAAUUGAGAUUUUAUAUUUCUGAAAAAUACGGAUAUGAAUAAUGUUGUACACAAAAUUUUGGAAUCUACUGUCGGAAAUGUGUUCGGUAGAGAUAUAACUUGUCGAGAACCCGUGCACCGUUGCGACGAUUAUCAACCCGGUACUUUGGUAGAGCUGGGCAGAACUGGUAUUAAAUUUUUCAAGAAAAUUUUGAUGCCGUGCGGGUUAUGUGCGAUACCUGUGGUACAAUCAGCAAAUCCAUCAGAAAGCAAAAUGUCACCUUACAAUAGCGAGCCAGGAAUCAAGAAACUAAUUCGACCAUCCGAUCUACCAAUUUAUCCCUUUGAAGACGAUUACUCUAAACAGAGCCCAUGCAUAGAUUGUGCACCAUCUGGACCAUUGGAACGGAACAUAUCCAAAAUUCGUAAGUCUGUUCAAACGGUUGUGUCAGAGUAUCAGCAUUAUUCUGAUGUGAUCUCUGAUACCGUUGACACUAGUGUGGAGCACAGCAGAUCUCUUUUGGAUUAUCUUCGUGCGGAAAGUAAUGUUAUGCCACGAAUGGGUGCCAUUGCUAUUGGUGGAUUGGCUGGAUUAGUGCUUGGACUUCGAGGACGUACAUUUAAGCGAUUGGUAUACUGUAGUACAGGUGCUCUCGCAACGGCAGCUAUAUGUUAUCCUAAAAAGGCGGGAGAGGGACUUAACUCGGCAAAACACUAUAUAAGUGUCGGCUACAAUUUUGUUUACGGUGUCAAGCCGGGUGACAACCGACAGCUGGAAAUCACAAUGCCGGAGUUGCCAAAAUUCAAAAUACCGGCAUCUUUUUCAGAAUUUGUAGAUUUAACAAUUGUCACAGGUUCAGCAGUGGCUACCACUGUUGGUAGUUUUGCACAGAACGCAUAUACAUCUUUAAGUAGUAACAAGGAGAAAGAUCAAUCGACGGCUAAAUUAGAUAAACGAGAUUAAGGAUCGAUAAUAAUAAUGGAAUAUAGUAAAAAAUGUACAAACGUUUUGUCAGAAACGUUUUUCGAGAAGAAAGAAAUUAUGAAUUAUUUGCUGCUAAUAAAUUGUGCAUCUUAAUAUGA